AAGUCAAUAUGUGAGCGCUAUAAACAAACUAUUAGUUAAAUUAUAAACUGUUUAUUAACAUGGCUACCUCAAAAAAUUUACUUCCUAUAUUAGUUAUAUUUUCUAUAAAUACCGUUUUAGGUGAUAUUAUAGUGAAUACUAAAUCUGGAAAAGUAAAUGGAAAAGAAGUUCAGUCCGUUAUUCCCGAUAAGAAAUAUUUUUCAUUCUUAAGUAUUCCUUAUGCUCAGCCACCAAUUAAACAGCUCCGAUUUAAGCCACCACUCCCCCAUCCAGGUUGGGAAGAUGUCUUAGAAGCUAAAAAAGAAAAAAAACAUUGUGCUCAGUUCAAUUUGCCGAUAAGAUACAUUAACAAAUAUGGGUUUUGUGGAGAUGAAGACUGCUUACAUUUAAGUAUUCAUACACCAAAAUUACCAGACAACGAGAACUUAGAUUUACCUGUAAUCGUUUUUCUGUAUAAUGAAAUGUUCAAAGUAUCUUUUAAUGCCACAAAAGAUUAUGGACCGGAUUUUAUUAUGAACGAAGAUGUUAUUUUGGUAACGAUAAACUACAGAUUAAGUGUAUUAGGGUUCGUUUCAUUUGAAGAUGAACUACUUCCAGGAAAUAAUGGAAUAAGAGAUGUUUUAUUAGCUCUGAAGUGGUUAAAAGAGAACAUUAAUAGUUUUGGGGGAGAUCCUUCAAGAAUAACUCUUAUUGGGAAUAGUGGUGGCGCUGCUAUUGUAGAUAUAUUGUUACGUUCGCCAAAAGCAAAAGGUUUAUUUAGUGCUGCAAUUUUACAAAGUUCUUCUUCUUUUGAUCCGCUAUAUUUCGAGGAGAACCCUAAAGAGCGCGCCAUAUCUCUCACAAAGGCUCUACAAGAUAAAGCUACGACAAGCGCAUCGUUUAUUGAACGCUUGUCUGAUGUAUCAGCUUUUACAAUUGGAGACCAUGAACACUUAGUCGUCGAUACUGAUGUACCUAGAGCAAUUCAAAGAGGAACUGUUCCAUUUGGCCCUGUUAUUGAAAUCGAACACGAUGAUGCUAUAAUAACUGAACUCCCAGAAAACAAUCCAAUGGAUAUAAAGGUUCCAGUAAUGAUAGGAUUCAACUCCAGACAUUCAAUUGAAGCGAACGCACGCUAUCUUUACAGCUCUCAAUUUCUGUCAUACGCUGAAAGAGAUUUUCUUAUUUCAUUUCCAAGGAGGGUGAACUAUCAUUUUCAAAUAAAUGAUGAUAUCUAUAACAAAGCUAUGAAAGAAAUUAAAGAUUUUUAUUUUGAAGAAGGAUAUGUUAAAAGCAGCAAACCAGGAGAAUAUUUAACUUAUAUUAACGACAUACUGAAUUUCUACCAUAUUGAUUACGCUGUUCAAACAUAUACAAAUACAUCGAGUAUGCCUGUUUACUAUUAUAUGUUUGACUACAGUGGAGAAUUGAACUUUAGAAAAAAAAUAGUAAUGGCUGAUGCAACCAAUUUUGAUGGCACAUGGGGAGCAUCAGCAGGCGACGAGUUAUGUUAUUUGUUUGUGUGCAAUCAAGGGAGAAGGGAGUACAAGAAAUUACUUGCUUCAGACGAGGAUGCGGAAGAAAUAAAAGUAUUAAAAACUAUGGUAAAAAUGGUGACAGAUUUCGCAAAGACAGGUAACCCAACACCUCCUGGAAGCGUUUUCAUAUGGAAACCAGCUACAAAAGAAAACAAGGAGUGCUUAGUCAUUUCUGAUGAAUUGAAGAUGGAGUCAAAACUUUACGAUAACAGAAUUCGGUUUUGGAAUAAUUUUAUAGAGAAAUAUGAAAAACUCGCCGUGGACGGUGUAGUUAAAGAUACCCAUGACGAAUUAUAAUCGAAAAAUGGCAAUAACUUAUUAAAUAAAGAAAAUUUACAUAUACUCUA